AAGCCUCUCCGAACCGAAUUACAAAAAGUGGAGCAAACUUUUCAGUCUUCUCGUUCUCCGAUUCAACCUCAUGGGGUUUCUUGAUGGCACCAAAGCCGCCUCCUCCUCCACCGACGUUGAAUGGCACCAAUUCGACGCCUUGCUCCAAGGGUGGAUCCUCUCCACCGUCAACGACGAAGUCUCGGAUCUUGUUCUUCCAAACAGCCCCACCGCUCAUUCUCUAUGGACGGCAAUCUACAAAUUGUUUCAUGACAAUAAACAUGCACGUGCGAUGCAAUUGGAGCAUCGGUUUCGAACAACAAUCAAGGGGACUCGGACGAUCAGUGAAUAUUGCCAACUCCUCAAAAAUCUUGUCGAUUAUCUCGAUGAUGUGGACGCUCUGGUGACCGAACAUGCCUUGGUGUUGCAGGUGCUUCAAGGGCUGCCUCAAGACAUCCGGGGUCAGGUUACGUUUCUCCAAUAUCAAACUCCGUUCCCCACUUUUUUGGAGGUCCGCUUAGCCCUCUUGCUCGUCGAACAACAACAAACCGAUGCCACCCAUGGCGCCGGCUUGUCGACGGCCCUCCUGAGCGCCGGCAGUGGCGGCGGGAGUCCAGUGGGGGGCGGGCAGCAGCGGCAGGCUGGCGGCCCUAGACGUGGAUAUGGCGCCUCCACCCAGGCACUUCUUCAAAGCAUCAUGCAACAGCUAAAAGGGGAAUUUGCUAUGACGGAUAUGGGGGACCUCCACUUUUUCCUGGGGAUCAAUGUGCAGCGCACGACUCAUGGGUUAUUUCUUACUCAGACUCAGUUCCUUUAUGACAUUCUUGAGCGUGCAGGAAUGCUUUCGUGCAAACCCAUCUCCACACCAGCUGAUACUCGCGGGAAGCUCUCGGCCUCAGCAGGCCCCCCAGCACCGGAUCCCACCCUGCAAACUGGAUUCUACUUCUUGGGGAAUCAUCCCCUUAUCUCAUCCGAUUCUGCCCAAAUCAUCUCCUCUGACUCUGGUGCCAACAGCUCUCAAGAUCCUACUUCUCCUGAGCGGAACGAACCCUCAUCCCUUGAUGCCGGAAAUCCCUAGUCCAUCAACGCAUUUUACUCGGCUCUAGGUGUAUCACCUCUUGUUCUAGUCUUCUAGAAACCAUCCACCACACAGAAGCGCAAACACCUAGACAUUUUUGCACUAUCCCAAUCCAAGAGGCAAAAAGGUUCCCCCUUAAAGUCAGUUUCUCUGGCAUCUGUAGUUAUUUCUAUCCCCAAUGUCCCGGAGGUAGUUCCAGACCAUCCUCCAUCGGGUGCACCCUCUAAGGAUAACAGCCGAGCGUCCCGGAUGGACAAUGCAGCCCAGGCGUCCCAAGAGGAUCACCCCACUGAGGGUACAGAUGAAGUCAUCACACUGGCAGGGCAGCCCCUGUGACCACUCCUACUGGCUCUCCAUUAAAGGUUUCCACCAUUG